AUGAAGACACUCCUCCUCCUAGGCGGCAUGACGCCCGACGUAACCAUCCUAUACUACAACAUCAUCAACGCCGCCGCCCGCGCCCGCCACGGCCACCGCACCAACUUCCCUCUGCACAUACACAGCGCAAACCUCGAACUCAUGAUCCAGCACGCCAGCGCAGGGAAAUGGACCGACUUCUCAGCCGUGUACGCCGACUCCGUGACUGCGCUCACGAGGCCAAAGAGAAUAGUUGACGGGGUGGUUAUAUGCUCCAUCCUGGCACACAAAGUCUCUCGACAGUUGGCGAGUGUCCUUGAAGGUACGGGCGUGACUGUACUGCAUAUAGCGGAUAUGCUUGCUGGGCAUAUACGUACGCGGUAUCCGCAGACCAAGAAACUAGGUCUGUUGGGUCCCAAGAUUACGAUGCUGGAUGGUGAUGAUCCGGACUUUUUUGUGGGACGGCUGCGUCGGCAUGGGUUUGAGGUCGUUGUUCCGGAGAGGGAGGAAGAUAUUGAAAGGGUUAAUAGGGGGAUGAUUGAAGAGGUUGCCAAGGGGAGAGAGGCGGUGACGGAGGCCACGAGGGGGAUGUUUGUAAGUCAGGCGAAUGGUCUUGUUGAAAGGGGGGCAGAGGCACUUGUUUUGGGGAGUACGGAUUUGGGAUUCGUGCUGGGGGAGGAUGAUGUUGAUGGGAUUCCGGUGAUUGAGCCGGCGGGUGUGCAUGCGAGUGCUGCGGCGGAGUGGGCAAUGGUAGAUGAUUGA